GACGUUUCUCUCUUCUAGCAAAUUCCAAGGCUAUCACGAUUCACCAUCACCUCCCUCUCUGAAGGCCAACAACGACCUCACAUUUCACUCACACCCACCCCUCCUUUUUGUCCCUUUCUUAGAGAGCCCAUCGAGCAUCAACAGGUGUUACCCCAGUCUUCAGAAUUCAGAUCCUGAGAGAAAUAUAGGAAUAUCCCAAAACAAACAAGUAAUAAUAUCCACAAAAAAUCCAAAUAAAGACCACGCUUCCCUUUUUUCUCCCUGCCACUUAACCCAGCAACCAAAUACUCCCCCAGUACCCCAUCUUUCCAUCAUAUUUUCUCUCUCUUAUCUUUCUCUCUGUAUGAUUUUCUGGCUCUGGCCAAAGCCAUGUUUGAACAAUCCGUAGACUCCAUACUUUCAAUUUGGGCUUCCAUGAACAGCUGGUUCACAUCGACUGUUUUCUUUGUCCUCCUAAACGUCAUGAUUGGCACUAUUGCCAUUACUUCAAGCCGAGGCAACAAAAAACACAGCAACCGGGAACAAGAAGCACAAGAACACCCAGAACGUCCCCAACUCGCUAGAUCUCCAUCCAUGUUGCAAAGGUUCAAAUCCAUCAACUUCUACAGAUACAGAUCCCAAGAAACAACCACCACCUUUGACCAAAGCUCAGAAUCGAAGACCCAUUACACUUUCAACCAGACUCUUGAACAAGAUCAGCAACCACAACUUACUAGAUCUCCAUCUAUGCUUCGGAUGCUCAAGUCCAUCAACCCCUACAAUUACCGAUCCCAAGAACCCAACCCAUCAAAUUCCCCCACAGCCAUUUUGCAAAAAGCCCUCGAAUCAGAUACCCAUUACACUUUCCAACAACCCCAAGAAAAUGAGGAAGAGGAAGAAGAAGAAGAUGAGCUAGCCCCAGACCAAGACGAAGAAGCAGAAGAUGAGCUAGCCUUAGCCUUAGCCCUAUCCCAAGCCCCAGACCAAGACGAAGAAGCAGAUCAAUACGAGGAACAGUCGAUGGAUGAGAUUUACGGCAGCCUACGGGGCCCUCACGUUAGCCGAACACAUUCCGAUACCAAGCCGGCAUCCGGCGAGAUGCCGGAAAAGCUCCCAAGGAAGAUGAAGAAGUCGGCGAGCGCCAAGUCGGCGUUUGCGCAUUUCGAAGAGGAUGAUAUUGUUGAGACUCGCCGGCCAGCAACUGUGAAGGAAGGAAAGGUUGGAGUGACAGAGGUUGAUGAUGAGGUGGACGCCAAGGCUGACGAUUUCAUCCAUAGGUUCAAGCAGCAGCUAAAGUUGCAGAGGAUGGAUUCCAUUCUGAGGGACAGGGAUUUGAUCAACAGGAGGAGUGAAAAUUAAGGUAAGUUUUAGUUUUUCGUGCUUUUGUAUUUUUUGCUAUUUCGGGGUGGUAUAAGUAAUUAAGUAUGUCUUGUUUAACCCAGAAAAGGAAAAUGGUUGAUGGUAAAAAAACAGGGGGUUUAUUGGAUGUGAUGGACAUCUGUUGCUUAUGUUUGUUAAACGCUUUGUUUAAUUAAAUAUGUCACUAUUUUUAUUGGAUACAUAAUAAUAUCAUAGCCUACUUGUCUUA